UAGACUGCCCAUUGUGAAAUGUGCAUCUCAUAGGCUUAGACACACAUCACGCCUACACUACUCACGUUAUUAAUUGUUUAAAAAGUGGACACGAAGGACAGCUGUGCAGCCUAUCGAUUACCUAGCUGGAAGGAAUAUCCAUCCAUCCAUCCAUCCAAUAAUCCGGCAAGUCUGCGACAAAUAAUUCCUGUUUCAAGCAGAAUGGGUCCUUUCCAGGAUUAUCAGGAGCACAAGGCGUCAGAGAAGGAGAGCGCCCGCAGUCGCAUCCCCCGUCCAGUCUUCCGCUCUUGCAGACCCAAAUUGAACGGAUUGCCACUGUCAGAUUCACCAUUUUCCGAAGAGGAGAGCAGAGACUGCGACCUCAGCUCUGAUCAUUCCAAAAGAACCAUUAGCACAAACAGUUUUUGCUCAGAUGACACCGGGUGUCCCAGCAGCCAGCCCGUAUCCCCCUCAGGCUCUGAGAACAGCCCGCUAGCGUCCCCCUCACCCGGCGAUCGCAAGGUCAAGGUGAAGAGGGUACGCGUCGUAAUGGCGGAGUGGAGCGCGCCCCCGUCCAGGCACAAGAGGGAGCAAAGGUCCUCCAAAAAGCUCAAAGGCAGCGAGGCAGACUUCAGCUCCUCCAGCAGCGCAGGCAGCAUCAAGACCCGGGAGGCCCUGUCCAGCUCUACAGGGAAGAAGUCCUCAUUCUCACGCAGCCAUAGCGCCUACAUCAGGAGCAGCGUCCCAGCACAAAAGGCAGCAGGAAGCCCGGCUGCCCUCCGGGACAAGGAGCUCUACGGCCUGUAUCACUCACUCCCCCACACCCCCACUUCCUCCAACAGCAGCAGCAAUUCUGGCUCGAGCCCUACCGCCAGGAGAUCCAAGACCGGACGAUAUCACUCCUGUGGGGACAACCAUGGCAUCAAGCCCCCAAACCCGGAGCAGUACCUGACACCCCUUCAGCAGAAGGAAGUGACCAUCAGGCACCUGAAAAGCAAGCUGAAGGAGUCUGAGAGCAGAGUCUGUCAAAGGGACUCUGAGGUGGAAGAGCUGAAGGCACAGCUAGGACGAAUGAGGGAGGACUGGAUCGAGGAGGAGUGCCACCGCGUGGAGGCGCAGCUGGCCCUGAAGGAAGCCCGCAAGGAGAUCAAGCAGCUGAGGCAGGUGGUGGAGACGAUGAAGAAUAGCCUGAUGGAGAAGGACAAGGGCAUCCAGAAGUACUUCAUCGACAUCAACAUCCAGAACAAGAAGCUGGAGACGCUGCUGCACAGCAUGGAGAUGGCCCAGAACGGCUCCCUGCCGGAGGAGCCCACCCUGGACUUCCUCUGCGACUCCGCGCCUGGUAAGCCCAUGGCCGAGCUCGGGGACGGCCCGGCGCUGGAGGACCAGGCAGCCGAGAAGAUGGCCGACAGCAGCCUACUGGCCGGCGAUGAGAUGGCCAACCGUUCGGACAUCCUGGAACACGUCCUGAUGUCGACAGCGGUGGACUCCAGCCAGGAGUGCAAGCCGAAGCUGUGCCCCUUGCAGUCCAGCCUGCUGCAGAGUUCGGUGGAAACGAUCCCCACCUUGCCCAUCAGUGAACGACAGAUCGCCAUGCAAGAUAAGUCCAUCCAGACAGACUUCAUCUCUGAGACCCCUGACCUGGAAAACCUUCUGCUUCAGCUACUGAAACUUCAGACCAAGGGAAACAGUGCCCCGAACCCCAGUCUCCCUGAGCAUCCCAUGUUGAAGAGCCCAGAUGUACCUGAAGCAGCAAACCUGACUCCACCUGACCCUUCAGCCACCGUCCUACUCGCUUCUGAAGGCGAUUCGGGCCAGUGUUCAGAGCCCAUGGAGGGCGACGGCUUCAUUGAGGAGCUGGAUUUCUGCAUGAAAACGUCUGUGAAUGACGUAGGUAAACAGCAGUGCACCGCACUAGUGGAGAAGCGAUACUGGAGCAACAGCUUCCUGGUGGAUCUGGUGGCCUUGGCUGCUCCAAUGGUGCCCACCGUGGCCUGGCUGUAUUCCACCCACAGGGGCCAGGGGGCGCCGGUGUACAACAUCGGAGCUCUGAUCCGAGGCUGCUGCGUUGUAGGCCUGCACUCCCUCCGCCAAGUCUCCUUGGGCUCAGUUGUGUAACAUGUUCUCACUGCAUGCAAAGACUGACAGAGAAAAAGAACCUAAAGAGUUAGGAAUCGUUAGCGUGUUUUCUACACUUGUGUAUAGAUAUAUAUUUUCGUUGUCACCCUGUAAGUUAUUAAUUUGCACUGUGUACAGUUGCCAUCGGUUGAGGAAAAAUGUUGAAUGAAAGGGAAUUAUUUUCUGUUGUGGUUUCCCUCCCCAGGAUUCAGUUGUUGAAGUCUUGAUUUGUUUAAACUGAUCAUUUGGGUAGGUGGUUGUGUUGUAACUAAAUGAUGUUUGCUGCUUUAAUUUAUUUAUUCCCCUGCUUUUUAAAAUUGUAUUUUUAUGAGGGGUGGGGGAGGGGAGAACAGAUGAUCAAGAGAUGAACAUGAGUUUGUUGCAGUAGAAUUUAAGGUUUAUAUGGAGUUGUAUCUUGUUUGUUUAAAAAAAUUACUAAACCUUCAGCCAAAGCUUUAAAGACCUUCACUGUUUGUGUUUAGUGAAGAUGUAUUUUCUCUGUGUUAGAGCUUUUUAUGUUACAGUUCUGUGUUAACUUGUUCAUGUGAAAAAAGUUAAUGCUACAGCACAUUUGACACUUGUUAUGUGCCUGAAUCAUGUGCAAUACCAUUUUAUUAUUUACUUGAGAUGUCAUAAUAUAUUUAUUAUUAAAGCAUGAUAGUCGCA